GCACCCGCAUUACGUGUACAAAAGUAUCUCUGGACCGUUUCAACCGCACGUCUUCAUGCGAAGCGGACCGUUUCCCCCCUGGUCUUUUGGAUUGGUCUUGGACUAGUCCACUGCGAGCAACGGGGAGGGGUGGCCAUUUUAAUCGUUCGAACGCUAAAAGAUUUGGUUUUCUAAAGCUGCUGGUGAUUGUAGACAAAUGUUGUGGUAUAAAAACCGGAUUUCAAAUUAUUUCCGUGCUCGCACCAGCGACUAUAGCCCCGUUACGUGUCCGUGGGUCUUCCGCUCUCCCCACCGCGCUGGAUCGUCGCAUUACACAUUGGGCAUCCUAUUCUGAGCUGGCUGGUCUGAGUUGUACCGACCUGUGAAGUGUGCGGCCGCCACUUGUAUGCUUCACUCAACUUCCCGGUAGCUUUAUCACCAUGUCGGUGGCGUUUGCACCUCACAGGCAACGUGGGAAAGGCGAUAUAACGCCCGCCGGAAUACAAAAGUUGCUUGAUGAGAACAACCAGCUGAUCCAGUGUAUAAUGGACUUUCAGAGCAAAGGCAAAACGGCAGAAUGUUCACAGUAUCAACAGAUGCUGCACAGAAAUUUAGUGUACCUGGCCACGAUAGCAGACUCAAAUCAGAACAUGCAGUCUCUCCUCCCUGCUCCGCCCACUCAGAACAUGCCCAUGGGCCCUGGCGGGAUGAACCAGAGUGGCCCCCCCACUCAGCCCCCUCACGGUCACAACAUGCCCUCUGAGGGCAUGGUCAGUGGUGGCCCUCCAGCUCCACACAUGCAGAAUCAGAUGAACGGACAGAUGCCUGGGCCUAAUCACAUGCCAAUGCAAGGACCCGGCCCGGGCCCCAGCCAGCCCCCCAACAUGCCCGCUGGCUCCAUGAAUAUGCCCCCCAGCAGCCAUGGCUCCAUGGGUGGCUACAAUCACACCAUCCCUUCCUCCCAGGGCAUGCCAGCCCAGAGCCAGAUGAACAUGACCCAAGGCCAGCCCAUGGGAAACUACGGACCUCGGCCCAGCAUGAACAUGCAGCCCAACCAAGGCCCCAUGAUGCACCAGCAGCCUCCCUCCCAACAGUAUAACAUGCCCCCUGGUGGUGGUGGGCAGCAUUACCAAGGGCAACAGAAUCCUAUGGGUAUGAUGGGCCAGGUCAACCAGGGAAACCACGUCAUGGGCCAGAGGCCCAUGCCACCCUACAGACCCCCACAGCAAGGACCCCCUCAGCAGUACCCAGGGCAGGAAGACUACUAUGGGGACCAGUACAGUCACGCAGGACAGGGAGCCUCAGAAGGCAACACCCAGUAUGGCCAGCAGCAGGAGGCAUACCAACAAGGCCCUCCCCAGCAGCAGGGCUAUCCACCACAACAGCAGUACCCAGGGCAACAGGGCUAUCCUCCACAGCAACAGGGCUACGGUCCCUCCCAAAGUGCCCCAGGACAGUAUCCCAACUAUCCUCAGGGGCAGGGGCAGCAGUACGGGGCCUACCGCCCUCCUCAGCCAGGACCUCCGCAGGGCCAGCAGCAACGCCCUUAUGGCUAUGACCAGGGACACAUGAGGAAAUAAAGACCCGGGGAUUUGAACCCCUGACUAGCUCUGUAAGAAGCAAAGGGCCAGUACGGAAAUUACCAGCAAUGAGAGAUGGUCACAGCUACCCACACAUCCCUGCUCUGACCUCUGUCUGAGCUCUGAACUCUGGCCAACUGUUGAGUAGACUUGUAAAGAUGGCUGCAGCUCACUGAGACACAUUCUGAUACACACACACACACACACAC